AUGGCAGACGUGGUGGUUCAGGGCAAAGUGAUUGCCACCCCCUCGGAUCAGCCUGAGGCAGGUCCAUACUAUGGACCUGGUGCCGCCUAUCAAGCGCCACAGGCGCAUGUACAGCAUGGGCAGCCAGGCUAUGGGCAAGGUCCUUCCUACAAGCCAGGAGCUGCGCCGUACUCUCCAUAUGCAGGGUCCCCGAUGCCGGCAACCUAUGGACAUGGGUCAGCACCGGCACCGCCGCCGAGACAUGACCUGGAUGUGGUGCAGCUCUCCUGCAAGGAUGCGCAUUUGCCACCGGAGGUGCGGCUAGGCUUUGUGAAGAAGGUCUACGGCAUCUUAGGCACCAUGCUGCUGAUCACCUUCGGCAUCACCACGCCGUUCAUUUUUGCGACAAGGGAUACUUUGCGGUUUUUCCACCAGAACCAAUGGAUCCUCUACAUCGUGGGGGGCAUCGUGCUGGCACAGUUGGUCUUCGACCUGUGUAUGUCCUGCCAACUUUGCUGUGGAGGCACAGGACUUAUCAGGACCUACUUUGCUAUGAUGAAGACUCCACCCUGGAACUAUUUGUACCUGAUGACCUUCUCAGUGUGCUUCGGUGUGCUCAUCGGCUUCGUGUGUGCUCAGUACACCGCCCAGUCGGUGCUGCUGGUCUUCGCGCUGACCUUCGUGCUGGUGGUAGCUUUGACCAUCUACGCGGUAAAAACCCAGGCGGAUUUUACCGGCUGCGGGGCCUACAUCAUGGUGCUGCUGCUUGGAUUCGUCAUGCUGAUCUUGGUCUACUCCUUCUUCCCGAGCAGCCUGGUGUGGGACAAGAUCAUUGCAGGGGCUGGCGCCACGUUGUUCGGCUUCAUCAUCGUCUAUGAUACCCAGAUGAUCUUCGGUUCUGCGUCGGCCCAAUUUGGAGGAGGGAAGAGGGACAUCGAGUACACCAUUGACAUGUAUGCCUUUGCGGCAUGGAGCUUGUACCUCGACUUCCUGAACUUCUUCUUGUACAUGCUCCAGCUCUUGGGGGAAAGGAGGUCGUAA